UUAGCUAUUGUUAUUGCCACCAUUUUCACUCCAAACCUUAGUUCUGCCAAGAAAUCCAAGGUAAUUGGAAUGAAAAUGAAUGUCAUCGAUCGAUGCUGGAGACCGAAUCCAGAAUGGAGGAAAAAUCGGCCUCAACUAGCCACAUGCUCCGUUGGCUAUGCUGGCAAGAUGAUGAACAACAUUGGUAAGGACCUCAUGCAUUAUAAAGUUACUGACCCCACUGAUGACCCUAUAAACCCCAGACCUGGCACCUUGAGGUAUGGAGCUUCUGUGAUUCAAGGUAAAGUGUGGAUCACAUUCCAAAGAGACAUGCACAUUAGACUCGGAAAACCCCUUCUCAUUAGUAGUUUCACCACCAUUGAUGGUCGAGGUGUCAACGUCCACAUUCUUGAUAAUGCAUGCUUGAUGAUCUCAAAGGCCACCAAUGUAAUCAUCCAUGGAAUUCGGGUUCAUAAUUGCAAAGCUCAAGCCCCUGGGAUGGUGAUGGGUCCAAAUGGAAAGGUAAUUCCUUUGGGCCAAGUAGAUGGGGAUGCAAUCAGAUUGGUUACUGCUUCAAAUAUUUGGAUUGAUCAUAAUACCCUUUAUGAUUGCCAAGAUGGUCUUCUUGAUGUCACGCGUGGUUCCACUAAUGUGACUGUAUCCAACAACUGGUUCAGAGACCAAGACAAGGUUAUGCUUCUUGGGCAUGACGAUGGGUAUGUGAGGGACCAGAACAUGAAGGUUACUGUUGUGUACAACCAUUUUGGACCUAGUUGCAACCAGCGCAUGCCAAGGAUCCGCCAUGGAUAUGCACAUGUAGCCAACAAUCUUUACCAGGGAUGGCUGCAAUAUGCCAUCGGAGGAAGCAUGGGACCUAGCCUUAAAAGCGAAGCUAACCUCUUCAUAGCACCGAAAUCGGGGAGUAAGGAGGUAACAUGGAGAAAAAGUAGUAAUACAAAUGGGGACAGAUGGGAAUUUCAUUCAGUGAGGGACGCUUUUGAAAAUGGAGCUUCCUUCGAUGUAACAAAAGGUGGACGUGUCCCAAAGCCGAAUUAUAGCAGGGAACAAGGUUUCAAAGUUGUUGACGCCAGAGCUGUGAGAUCAUUGACAAGAUCAUCAGGUGCAUUAAGAUGCAGUCAUACCUCUAUAUGUUGA